GUGCGCGCGCGCCCACCGGCCCGCUGGCCGGUCAACUACGGGGUUCGGUAGCAACUAAGGGAGACGCAGCCUAGGUAACUAAGGUAGUUAAGGUAGCUGAGGGGCGGGGACGCGACUCACUCCGUCACAAUCCCACAAUUCUUAGCGUGGCCGCCGCUCUCCCCGCUCAAGAUGGCGCGCCUGGUGUUAUGUCCCCCUACUGUUGUUGCUGCUUUUCAAAAGCAGCGGCUUUCGGCCGCCCUGCUGCGGCCGCUGGUCUCUAACCACGGCUCCGACUUCAGCGUGACCUGGUCGCGGAGGGUUGGCGGUUCAGCGGGCGGCUCGGGGAGCCGCCGAGCCUAUCAGAUUUCUGACCCAUUCAGACAAACCUCAUGGAAGCAUUUUGGGGCACACCAUUCAAGACAGUUACUUGAGAUUACAAAGGGAUGCCAGACGUGGCCAUUGGUAGAAAAGAGGACGUGUUGGCACGGUCAUGCAGGAGGAGGACUGCAUUCAGACCCAAAGGAAGGGCUAAAAGAUGUAGAUACUCAGAAAAUCCUAAAAGUAAUGCUUUCAUACGUGUGGCCAAAGGAUAGACCGGAUCUUCGAGCUCGAGUUGCCAUUUCUCUUGGCUUAUUAGGAAGUGCAAAGGCCAUGAAUAUAGUAGUUCCCUUCAUGUUUAAAUAUGCAGUCGACAACCUCAACCAGGUGUCAGGAGACAUAUUAAACUUGACUGAUGCACCAAAUACAGUAGCAACCAUGGCAACAGCAGUUCUGAUUGGCUAUGGUGUAUCAAGAGCUGGUGCUGCCCUUUUUAAUGAAGUUCGCAAUGCAGUAUUUGGUAAAGUGGCCCAAAAUUCCAUCCGCAGAAUAGCCAGGAAUGUCUUUCUCCACCUUCACAACCUGGAUCUGAGUUUCCACCUGAGCAGACAGACAGGAGCUCUGUCAAAGGCUAUCGACAGAGGAACAAGGGGUAUCAGUUUUGUCCUGAGCGCUUUAGUAUUUAAUCUUCUUCCCAUCAUGUUCGAAGUGACCCUUGUCAGUGGCAUUUUGUAUUACAAAUGCGGUGCCCAGUUCGCGCUUGUCACCUUAGGCACAUUGAGUGCAUACACAGCUUACACAAUUGGAGUCACACGCUGGAGAACUAAAUUUAGAAUAGAAAUGAACAAGGCAGAUAAUGAUGCAGGUAAUGCUGCCAUAGACUCUCUGCUGAACUAUGAAACUGUGAAGUAUUUUAAUAAUGAGAAGUAUGAAGCCCAGAGAUAUGAUGGAUUUUUGAAGUCUUAUGAGGCAGCCUCGCUGAAGAGCACUUCUACCCUGGCUAUGCUCAACUUUGGACAAAAUGCUAUUUUCAGUAUCGGCCUAACAGCAAUAAUGGUUCUUGCCAGUCAGGGAAUUAUGGCAGGCACCCUUACUGUUGGAGAUCUUGUCAUGGUGAAUGGGCUGCUUUUUCAGCUUUCCCUGCCUCUGAACUUUCUGGGCACUGUAUACCGAGAGACUAGACAAGCACUCAUCGAUAUGAACACUUUGUUUACACUACUCAAGGUAGACACACAAAUUAAAGACAAAGCAACGGCACUUCCCCUGCAGAUUACACCCCAGACUGCUUCGGUGGCUUUUGAUAAUGUACAUUUUGAAUACAUUGCGGGGCAGAAAGUCCUGAACGGAGUAUCAUUUGAAGUCCCUGCGGGAAAGAAAGUGGCCAUUGUAGGAGGUAGUGGGUCAGGGAAAAGCACAAUAGUAAGAUUACUAUUUCGCUUUUUUGAGCCCCAGAGUGGUGGCAUUUAUAUUGCCGGUCAGAACAUACAAGAUGUCAGCCUGGAGAGCCUAAGGAAAUCUGUGGGAGUGGUGCCUCAGGAUGCUGUUCUCUUCCAUAACACCAUCUAUUACAAUCUCCUGUAUGGAAACAUGAAUGCUUCAGCUGAGGAGGUUUACACAGUAGCAAAAUUGGCUGGGAUCCAUGAUGCUAUUAUUCGGAUGCCUCAUGGAUAUAGCACACAAGUUGGGGAACGAGGACUCAAGCUUUCUGGAGGAGAAAAGCAGCGGAUAGCGAUCGCCAGAGCCAUUUUGAAGGACCCCCCUGUCAUUCUCUAUGAUGAGGCUACAUCAUCAUUAGACUCAAUCACUGAAGAGAAUAUCCUCAAUGCCAUGAGGGACAUGGUGAAACACAGAACAUCUAUUUUCAUUGCACACAGAUUAUCAACAGUGAUUGAUGCAGAUGAAAUCAUUGUCCUGGAUCAGGGUAAAAUUGUUGAGCGGGGAACCCACAAUAGUCUCCUCUCUAACCUUGGCAGCAUCUAUUCAGAAAUGUGGCAUGCUCAGAGCAACCCUCUGUCCAAUAAUAAUACCAAUUGGGAAGGGAAGAAAGAGCAUCUCUCCAAAGAGGAAGAAAGGAAGAAGCUCCAAGAAGAAAUUAUCAACAGUGUCAAAGGCUGUGGAAACUGUUCCUGUUAAACUCUGCAAGGCAUUUCAAUUGUUUCCUUUAAAAACAAGCAAAAAAAACUACAAGUGACAUAUUUGCACUGAAGCAGAAUUCCUGAUUUAUUUAAAAACAAAAUCAGAAAAUCUGACAUUCCCCUCCUAUAAAAUUCUUCUCUAAGGUAUUGAUUCUUUGGCCAAAGGAGUUUCUUUCUCAGUCCAUCUCUGGAUUCUCCUUCCUUCCUCUCUCUGCACUUUCCUUUCCCUUCUCCCCUCCUCCCACACCCCACUUUCUUCUCUAGUAUCCUUUUAUUCCAACAUUUACAUCUGGGACAGAAAGCACCCCCAACCACCCCCAGGAUUUUUCAGUCAUUUGAAUGGCCACAUCAGAACUGGGCUAAGUGGAAUUUGCUUUUCUCUUAUUUUCUUGACUCGUGUAACUUUCCCCCACUGAUUGAUUUGUUAAGGUGUUCAUCUCCACACCCCACUAAGUCAUGUGGGUUUACGCAUGUGGGAGAAUAUGUAAAAUUCCUUUAUACUAACAAGUUAAUGGAAAACUGCUUCUAUCCUUAAAGAAAAGACAAAAAAAAACAGAAAAAAGGAAAGAAAAUGUCUUAUAGUUGCAAGAUUAAUACUCACCUGUCUUCUUGAAAUAUAGCAUUGAUCUGAAAACUAAUUAAUAAGCACAUUCAGAUCCACAGAUUUCCAGGCCUGCUUUCUAGGUCAACUGUGCUAUUCGAUAAACACCUACCUACCUUAUGUUGUUUCAAGUAUUUUGGCGGAGAAACUCCCUUGAGCCCAUGUUGGCAAGGAAGAUGUUCUGCUGGCUGAAACGAGGCCCUAGGCUGAAAUGCAUGAUUUUGGCAGGUGGACAGGUGAUGCUUAGAGCUCUCAGCAUAAUUUGAAAGUAACCCUUCAGAUAUAAGGAAACUCAAAUGUCCUUUCUCUUAAUGUUCUCUUCUUUUACCAUCUAAAAUUAUGCAAGGGGAAGAUGAGGUUUUUGAGUAAAGCAACUUCUAUUUAAAAGUCAUAAAGGACUCUUAGGACCCCGAGGAGGAUUAAGUGAGGAGCAGAGAUCACUGAUCUCAGAUGACACUUGAGAUUCUAGGUAGGGGCUUCCCUGGUGGCCCAGCAAUAGGAUAUGGCCACAUUUUACCUCAUAGGAAGAAGGAGACCCGAAACAGUAAUCAGGAACAGUUAGCAGAGCACUGUGAUACUUCUGUCAGCUGGUGACCGGCCUCUCCCUUCUAAUGUGCACUUCUUUUUUGUCAUGGCUGGUCUUCAUUUUAAACAACUUUUUGAGCUCUGGUAGUGUGGAAGAAUUCACGUAGAGCUAGAUUAUAAUAAGAGACUAUUUUAAUGAUUAUUUUGAGGUUUAAUGUGCUUUGGGUAACAGAAGAUAUGGGAGGGCAUAUGGGUUUAUUUAUGUGUAUCAAAUCAGAUGAUAGGUACCUGGAUCUUACCUAACUCAGGUAUCCAGUUUUAUUACAUAAAAGCAAGUCUAGAUAGGUGAGUAACUUGAAGCCAGUACUUGAAGGGAUGUAGUCUCUGACCCCAGAAUAUAUGAAGCAGGAACCAGCUGCCAGAUAUUAUUCAGACAUUGCAGCCUCCAGCAUUAUUGAUAAGUUAAGGAACAAAAUCACGAUUUUCUCUAAGUAAAUCAGUCAUAUUAUUGGAGAUGGGGUAAAGAGUUCCAUGUUACUUUUCUUCCCUUGUCCCUCCUUUCCAGGUAUUUUCUUUAUCAGAGAUGAAAAGGAAGUAGCAUGUACUGUCCCUUGGCUCAGAAGUCAGGCGGCCUGGGUUCAGAUCUUUCUUCUGAAUCCUACUACCUAGGAGACCUUUGGCAAGUGACUACCUCCCUGGGCCUCAGUUUUCUCCUCUGUAAAAUGAGGGUUGGGGACUACAUGAUGGGCUCUGAGAUCCCUUCUUCCCCUAAGUCGAUGGUCCUAUAAAGAUCAAACUUUAGUUGAAUAAUCAAGAAAGUAGGAAUAAAGUAGUCCUUCUACAACACACACACACAUAUGUUUUACAAGUAAGAGCUCUCAGUAUACAAAUAGGAUACCUGGUUAAGGAAGGGCUCAGCUCCAAGUGUUCCUGAGUUGUUCUGGUCAGAAUGCUGGGCCUUUUCAUUGAGAGGUGAGGCAGAAACUUCAAUGGUCUGAAAAACCUGGUUGUCCCGGGGUCAGAACCAUGACUUGGAAGAAAAUGUCUUUUCUCUUAGAAUCAUAGGAUGUUAGAAUUGUAAGAGACCUUCUGCACAAUCUGAAGAAACCUCUUCUUUUUGCAGACGUAUCACAGUGGCUACUUUGGAUUCUAGAACGUUCUAAGCCUGAGGGCCCUUAAAGAUCUACCAGAUCCAACCCCCUCAUUGUUUUCCCAAUGAGAACAUUGCAGUCCCUCAGAGUUCAUUCAGUCUGUAAUUGGCCUUCCAGGGGACCUGAUUCCCGGGUUCUCAGUUCCUAGUGCAGUCUCCAUUCUGCCUCCCUUAUUGUCCCUCUGGGGAAUUGGCAAGGACAGUGACAGAGAGGCCACACUUCAACUCAGUUGGUAAUUGUGGGGGUUCAGCGUGAUAGCAUUAAAGCCCUGGCCAAGAUAACGUGAAAAGAGAGCUUCUUUGGACGAUCCAAUCAGAGUAAAGGGCCAAAGGAAAGGGCACUUGAUCCAGAAAGAAGCCAGUUUACAUUGUAAUAUAUAAGCAAGCAAAAGGACUGUGUAGAGGGGGGGCUGUCUCCAAGUCAGGGCCACAGAAGAAAAUGCUUUUUGCCGAUUGCUCUAAAUAUUCUGCAGCCUUGGAAACUGGAAUUUGAAUGAAAAGGAAGGCUCACUUGGGAUCAUCUCCAAUAUAUCUCCAGGACAAUCCCCUUCCAUCCCUGGGAGUCCUAGUUUCCGACUGGACUGACUCUGCAAGAGUUCUAUAUUGUAAAGAAUGGUCUGCACACCUUCCUGAUAAUGGGUGAGUCAGUGAGCUCAUUUGGAAAAACUUGAACAGCUCAAACGUAAGAGGAGUCACCUGCGAAAACCAGAUCAGAGGGCUAGAAUUGCAAAAGCAAGCCUUGGCCUUUGUGCCUCAAGGAUAUGAAUUGGAAAAAAUGUCUUCUCUUCUCCUGUGGAGGGAUUCACACUUUUUUCUAUACCUUCAGAUAAAGCUUUUGUAUUUUCUUUCUUUCUGUCUGUCUGUUGACAGAACCCAAUUUUCAAGGAUGGCCAUCCUCAAAGUACAGCAUGCUUUCAAAAGCAAGAGUGUAUUAUCCAUCCAUAGGUUCGACAGUUGCUGUGUUUGGGGAACAACUUGCCCAAACUUUGCCGGCUUUUCGUAUGUUCUUCUUCCUGCUCUCCCAAUUGUCAACAUAUCAUUUACUGAGCAGCGAUUCUUGCAGUACCAGUUUAAUUCCAUUUGUUUUCCAUCUUUUAUCUCAGGAUUAUCUAUUAUGAAUUCAUAAUUGUAAGGUUUUAACCUGUGUUGAAAAUUCCUGAAAUUUUUCCCCCAAAAAAAGGUCCCUUCCCUUCUCUUUCCAAUUCCAGUAUGGAGAAGUGAAUGUAAACUGUACAGUAAAUAACAGUAUUAAGCCAAAGAAGCUGGCUAAGACUGGUUGGUUAAAAAAAACCUAGGGAAACCCUUUAUUACAGUUUUAUUGUUUAUGAUAAUCUGUGUAGAUAAUCAUCACUAAAUAAAUGACAUAUCUUUCUGAAUAGAAA